GAGGAUGAUGAACUUCCGUCAGCGGAUGGGAUGGCUGGGCGUGUUGCUCUUCCUGCUGCUCAGUGCUUUGUUGGUUUACUACGUCUUUGAGGUCCAGAGCUUCAGUUUGGAGCACGUUCAAGGGGGGGGGGGCGGCCCGUCAGCUGCACCCCCGAUCAGCUGGUCUCAGAGCCUCGGCACUCGCCUGACACCACUUCCUGUCUGGAUGUGGGCGUCAGUCUUCCUGCUCCCGUACCUGCAGCUCUUUCUUUUCCUGUUUUCCUGCACAAGAGCUGACCCUCGAGCUGUUGGAUACUGCGUACUUCCUGUCUGCCUGGCCCUGCUCUGCAGCCGCCACGCUGCGCGCAAGCCCAGCUAUCAGAGAGGCCCUCCACUCAUCGACACUUAAAGGACCAAUCAGAGAGGCCCUCCAAUCAUUGAAAAACUUUUGUAAUGUCACUUCCUGUGUGACGCUAAGACUGCCCUGAAUAUUGUCCUUCAGAAUCACUAAUGCCCUGAGCUGUUGUUAGAGGAUCCUGUGCUGUGAUUGGUUGGAGGGUGUUUAGUAUUCAGACCUGCAGCUUCCGGCCAAUCACAGCUGUGAAGUGUUGAUUAAGAGGAGUCACAUGACAUGGCCUAGUAACCCUCUCACCUGUCAGCUGGUGAGGGGCCUUGUGGGGUGGGGGGGGUGGAUUUGUUAUUAUUUUGAAAGUAUGUUGCUCACUGGCUCUGAACACAUACAGACAAACCAUGGGUCACAGGAGGGGGGGAUUUUGAUCAGUAUUGGAGGGGCGUCAUCACUCGUCUCAACCAAUGGGAGCGUUUGGGGCGGGCCUAAGACUGCUACAGCGCUCACAUUAAUCAGAAAGGAAGUGGCGGGGGGACAGAAACAUGGAAAAAGGAACUGAACUCUGACAUUUGACCUCUCUUCCAGACGGCCCAUGAACAGGAGUUAUUUGGAGCCACGGCAGACUAUCUUUCUAUGAGCAGGUCAACAUAAAGCCCUGGCGGUGGCACGCAGCUCUGAUUUAUGACAUUUGAUUACAUUGAUUAAUGUUGAAGUCUUUACCUGCUGCUCUUAAAAAGCACCUUAUUGUUUCAUGGGCUUGCAGACCAAAUGUUAUCGCACUUUUGUUCAUAUAGCAGUACUUUUAAAUAAAAGUCAGCAAUACACUA